AAGGGAUAAAAUCCACAAUCGGCCUUUUCUCUCUAUCCAUCCCCGGAGGGGUUUCCACUGGAAUCGUCUUCUUCUUCUCCCCUCUGUUCUUUUUGAGAUCUUCUAUAAAUAUAAGAUUGCAGCUCACACCAAACCCUCUAAACAUUUCGACCAAAAAAAAUAAAUAAUUAAUCCAUCUAAUCUUCUUCUGGUGAGUUGGAUCAUCCCACACUCUGAUCUGUUGUUGAUUUGCAUGAAUCAGAGGAGAGCAAAAUCUAGCGACAGAUCAGAGAGUGGGAAGGAAUAUUCCGGCGAUGGUGGAAGGUGGAGUAGUGAAAGCGGACAAGACAGAGUUCACUGAGUGUUGGAGGACGACAUGGCAGACUCCUUACAUUAUGCGUCUUGCCCUCUCCGCCGGCAUCGGCGGUCUCCUCUUCGGCUACGACACUGGAGUGAUCUCUGGUGCGCUUCUUUACAUCAAAGAUGAUUUCGAACAAGUGGAGAAGAAAACAUGGCUUCAGGAAACCAUCGUGAGUAUGGCAGUGGCCGGCGCCAUCGUCGGAGCCGCCAUCGGAGGAUGGAUCAACGACAAAUUUGGCCGGAAAAUAUCGAUCCUCAUCGCGGACGUCCUCUUCUUCAUCGGAGCCAUAGUCAUGGCCAUCGCUCCCACCCCAUGGGUCAUCAUCAUCGGAAGAAUCUUGGUCGGAUUUGGGGUCGGAAUGGCGUCCAUGACAUCGCCGCUCUACAUUUCCGAGGCAUCGCCAGCGAGAAUCAGAGGAGCCCUCGUCAGCACCAACGGCCUCCUCAUCACCGGCGGACAGUUCUUGGCCUACCUCAUCAACCUCGCCUUCGUCCACGCUCGGGGCACAUGGCGGUGGAUGCUGGGGGUGGCGGGUCUACCUGCGGUCGUUCAGUUCGUGCUGAUGCUGUCUCUGCCUGAAUCUCCGCGCUGGCUCUACAGAAAGGACCGAACCGCCGAGGCCAGAGCCAUUCUCGAAAGGAUCUACCCGGCAGAGGAGGUGGAGGGCGAGAUGGCUGCUCUCAAAGAAUCCGUGGAAGCUGAGAAGGCCGAUGAGGCCGCCAUGGGAGACGGCUUCUUCCAAAAACUUAAAGGAGCCCUGCAAAACCCCAUUGUCAGACGUGGUCUCGCCGCCGGAAUUACGGUCCAGGUGGCUCAGCAGUUCGUUGGAAUCAACACAGUCAUGUACUACAGUCCCUCCAUUGUCCAGUUCGCAGGGUUCGCCUCCAACAAGACAGCUCUCGCCUUAUCACUGGUCACUUCCGGCUUGAACGCGGUCGGGUCUAUCGUCAGUAUGAUGUUCGUGGAUCGUUAUGGACGAAGGCGGCUCAUGAUCAUCUCCAUGUUCGGGAUCAUAUCAUGUCUCGUAAUUUUGUCGAUCGUGUUCCGCCAAGCGUCCCUCCAUGCACCAAAAAUCGAUCCAGUAGACUCAAUUUCAUUCGCUCCCAACUCAACUUGCCCCGCCUACGUAAGCCCCAACCCUACUCCACUGAAGUGGAACUGCAUGAAGUGUCUCAAAGCCGAAUGCGGCUUCUGCUCCAACUCUAACGAAUACGCACCUGGAGCAUGUGUGGUCCUGUCAGAUGAGACGAAGGAGCUGUGCCACUCAAAGGGCCGGACCUUCUUCAAAGACGGGUGUCCGAGCAAGUUCGGGUUCCUGGCCGUGGUCUUCCUCGGCCUCUACAUCAUAAUGUACUCCCCCGGAAUGGGUACGGUCCCAUGGAUAGUGAACUCGGAGAUCUACCCACUUCGGUACAGAGGGCUCGGCGGAGGAAUCGCAGCAGUUUCCAACUGGAUAUCGAAUCUGAUAGUGAGCGAGACGUUCUUGACGUUGACGCACGCUCUCGGGUCAUCGGGCACAUUCCUUCUGUUUGCGCUGUUCUCGACGAUCGGACUGAUAUUCAUAUGGCUGCUGGUCCCCGAGACCAAAGGACUUCAGUUCGAGGAGGUGGAGAAGAUGCUCGAGGUCGGCUACAAGCCUUCUCUGUUGCGCCGGCGGGCCGAGAGAAAGGACGUUGAUACAGCCUAGAUGAUUAUCGUCACACUCUUGCUUCCUUUUUUUUUUGUUCUCAUAAUAAUAAUAUGAUAUAAAAAAAAAUGCGUGGGAAAAUGAGAUGAUACCAAGAACCAAAUAUUUAGUGGUCUGACAUUCAUUUUAUUUUUAACUUCUCUACUUUGCUUUCGAGUCUCUGUGUCUCUAUAUUCGGAUAAUUGGAACUAAAUAUUUGUGCCCC